AUGCUCACAACCUUCGAAUCUUUUCCCCGGCUACCGGCCGAAAUCCGCCUGAUGAUCUGGCGACUAUGCCUCCCCUCCCGCAUCCACGAACUCGACUACCCCUUCAACCUGAUAUUGUACUCACGAGACUGGGCACCCUGCGAGUUCCAAGACGGGGCGUGGAUUAACGGCUUCCCCCCGCUUAUCAGCGCCGUCUGCCGGGAGUCGCGCGCGGUCGUGCUCGAGAAUGGCCGCUUCCCGGACGGGGAAGAAGGGCCCGGAUGGUGGGCCAGCACCUCGUACGUGAGGUCGUGGCUGGAUCCCGUCCGGGACCGCGUGCACCUGAAUUGGACCCCGGCUUAUGAGGCGGAGUUCUGCAACAACUCCGAUGAGGGCUCGCCUCUGGAGCACCUCGCCUGGCGGGCGGCUCAGCUCACUUCCAUUCCUCCAGAGGCCGGCUACGCGUCAUUUAUGGAGGACUGGCUCUACGUCUCCGAUGAUGCCACUCCGCCUCCGGUGCUGCGGGGCAUCCUCUCGCGGUUUGCCUGCUGGCGGGUCAUUGUGCGGGUGAUGGUCAUUCAUGCGGACCGGCGGACUGGGGCUGAGUCCGGCCUGUUCGGGCUACUCGGUGAUGCCCCCGUGCAGAUCGUUGAUGUGAGUGACCAUGACCGGGUUGAGGCGUAUUGGCGGCUGGCGGAGACGCAAAGGCAGCAUGAUCCGCACGAGCAGGAUUUCGAGAGGGUCGAGGCUGAGGCUGUCGAUCGGGAGGUGCAGGCGCAGGCGAAAAAGAUGUUCGGGUGUGAGGCGGUCCCGUUCGUGCUGAAACCUGCCAUCAUGUUUCGGUGGUGCACGCAGAUCCAGGGGCAUUGGGGACAAUUGUCGGACGGAGAGCCUGUUAAACCCCGGCGAGGGGCCGCCCUAAGAGGCCGGGGACGAGGGAGGGGGAGCGGAAGGGCGCGGAAGGGGGAGUUGGAGAGGACGUGGGGCGGAGAUCGUGUGGCGGGGUUUCCCUCGAUGGCCCUGAAUCUGUAUCUUUAUGCUUUCAUAUCUUGUCAUUGCGGCGUUCAACGAGGCGAUGGGGAGGGGCGGGGUGGGGCGGAGAGGAGCUACUGCGUCUGUAGGAGCUCGCCUAUGGUCAUGCAACUGUGGAAAUCUCUAAUAGUUCUGUCGUAA